CCCGACAGCGCUCGUCUGCGUAGCAGUGCGUGUCUCUCACACAACAUGAUGGCAUGCCGAAGAACAUCCACAUUGGCUGCAAGUGUCCUGGCAACACAAUGUCGGGGAACGAGACAAGUAGCGAGUAGGCGGAGUGCUGAACUUGUGGUGAACACGAGAAGCUUAUCGUCCCUGCCGGAUCACAUCGUAGUGGGCAUGCCAGCGCUCUCCCCGACGAUGACGCACGGUAACAUCGGUUCUUGGGGCAAGCAGGAAGGGGACGAAAUCGCGGCGGGAGACGUUGUAUGCGAGGUUGAAACGGACAAGGCGACCGUAGAUUUCGACGCGCAAGACGACUCCUUCAUGGCGAAGCACCUGGUCGAGGCCGGCACCCAGGACAUCGCCGUCGGGACCCCGAUCUUCGUUACCGUAGACGACGCCGACUCCGUGGCGGCCUUCAAGGACUUUGAGGCGGAAGCGGUGCAGGGAGAACCAGAGGCAGCCGCGCCGGCCGCGGAAGCCGCGCCCACCCCCAAGGAGGCAGCGCCGGCACCCGCCGCCAAGAAGGAAGCGCCGCCGGCGCCUGAAGCGGCACCGGCCGCCGCCCCCGCCUCUGCCCCUGCCCCUGCCCCCACCCCCGCCGCAUCUGUCGAGCAACCGCCUGCACCUGUGUCCUCGCAGGAGCUUGUUUUCAAAAGGGACUGGGGAAGCGGGGUCCGUGGUAGUGCGCUGGCUCACAGGAUGUCGGCGGAGCAGAAGAAGUACGUCAAGCGCUUUGGGUCUACCCUUCAGCAACCCCUGGACCCCUAAAGCGCAAUUCAUAUGGAAUGCGCGUCUUCGCCCCCAGCGCCCGGUCGUUUACAGAACAUUAUUUUUUGUGUAUCCUUGGUAGCAGGUGUUGGGGUGCAACUGGAACCACUGCCGAUAACUCCGGGACGGUUUAGGCUUGCAUAUGUAGUUUGAUGGCUGAAGCACCACUUCUUUCUAAGCAUCAAGCGAAUCCAUCCUUUUCCGGGUGCAGUAGAACGCGCUGGUACCAGGCGAGGAAAUACUGAUAGCUUAGUGAGCACAUACUUGCCGUUAUUGGCUCGGACAGUACGGUGUGUUGUGUUGGUCGUGGGGAAGAAUCAGCAUGACGAUCCCCACAUGGAAGUGCAGGAAGAUUUGCGUGGUGGGCGAUAUUCAGGGAAAAGUAGCACGUAUGUAUGUAGAUCCUCGUUCGUAGUACCAGUUCACUGAAGGAGCCGCUGAAACUUGAUAGCACUAUGCCACACCCCCAUCGCGCGGGCACCUCGGAGCUUUUCCAUUCCCGUUGGUAUAUUGUUGCAGGGAUCGGACGGUGUUCGUUGUGUGUACCUCCCUUACAUCGGCCAUCAACAACCGGGUCAAAUCGCAGGUAGUUGUUACCCCAGUACCGAAGCUUCAUGAGCCCGUUUACAACAUCCGGGUGCCGUUCAUCUCGUCGACGAUGAUUCUGAGAAAUUCAUAACAUGUGGUGCAGAGACCAGACGGGAGCAGCACAUUGACUUUGGGCACCGUCCACUGUUGCGUUUUGCUCCCGUGUGACUUGGAGCACACAAACCCGUACGAAGGAUCCGAACACGCAUGGUUCAUUUUUUCCUGGCGUCCUGUUUAAAUAUGCAUAGAAAUAGUGGUUGUUUGAGGAGGACAUCGAUACGCAGGUAAAUCUACAUUUUACAAUACAUCCCCUGUAGUUCUCUACUGGGUCAACGACAAAAUAUCGGGGAGAAUCCCUCCGUAGUGUCGCGUACUGUAAGAUGUAACCUUCACAGGGGACCGGCAGCAGUGUCUAUCGACAGCUUGCUGGUUUUAGGAAUUUAAGGAGAAAUAAAUAAUAUUGAUGUAAAAUCAUGGAAGAUGGAAACAAGGCUACAGCAGUACAUCACUCGUUUUUCAAACCUAUAGAUUUUUGAAUUUCACGGACAGU